UUGACACAAGCUGUAUGUACUUUCAGUUAACUCCAAUACUAUACAAAAAGAAUAAGGAAGAACAAAUCUAUAUGGUUGAAUGAAACUAGAAAAGAGUCAUUUUAGCUGCAGAGCACUCUUGGUUGGAUCAAACAAGGUAUGGCAGGCAUUCUGUGUGAUUCAGAGAUGGGUUGCCAUUCACAGUUUUGUACUGAACUGCCAGUCUCCGUAGAAAUGGAGAUGGAAAGUCUUCUUGAAAAGACUGCCCCAGAAGAAGCUCAGGUACUGAGAGAUGACUGGAAGAAUUUCCAGCAACUUUACAAACAGUUUAUCCAGAGAGAGCGACCGACUAGUGUCUGGGAAAAGAUCUGCAGGCCUCCAGCUGAGACGAUCCAAGCAUAUGAAAGCCUCUGUAUGAAGCCAUUGCCUACAGAUGUUUCCUCUCUUUUGGAGAAAUUGGUGGUGCUGAAACUCAAUGGCGGUUUAGGUACCUACAUGGGGGUGCCGGGCCCAAAAGGGCUGAUGAAUGUCCGUGAGAAGUACACCUUUCUGGAUUUCACUGUGCAGCAGAUUGAGCACUUAAAUCAAACAUAUGGUAGUGAUGUUCCUCUUGUUCUCAUGAACUCUCCCUUCACUGAUGAAGAAACUCGGCAGAGUCUUCAGAAGUAUAGCCAAUGCCCUAUCUGUAUUCACACUUUUGUGCAUAGUAGAUUUCCUCCCCUUCAUAAAGACACUCGGCUACCAAUGCUUUCCUUAGAAGACUGGUUCCUUUCAGGUCAUGGAGAUGUAUAUGCCAGCCUGUGUCGUUCAGGGCUCAUAGAGUUAUUUCUUGCUCAAGGAAAGGAAAUUCUUUUCAUUUCAAAUAUUGACAACCUUGGAGCCACAGUGGACCUGCAUCUACUCAGUGAGAUGCUGCAUAGAGAUCUACAAAAUCCUGAGACAACCUGUGACUUCCUCAUGGAGGUGACUGACAGGACGCAGGCCGAUCGCAAGGGAGGUAGUCUGAUUGAAAUAGAUGGCAAAUUGAGAUUAUUGGAAAUUGCCCAAGUACCACCGGAGCAUGUUGAAGAUUUCUUGUCUGUUUCUGAGUUUAAGAUUUUCAAUACCAACAAUCUGUGGGUCUCUCUCAAAGCACUACAAAUAUUAACCAAACAGGACAGCAUACAUUUGGAAGUCAUUGCCAACCGACAGAUAUUGCCAGGUGGCCAAGACAUAAUUCGCCUUGAGACUGCAGCAGGUUCUGCAAUUGGCAGCUUUAGUUAUCCACGAGGAGUAAAUGUGCCUCGAAGCCGUUUUCUUCCUGUUAAGACAACCUCAGAUCUAUUACUGGUCAAGUCAAACCUCUAUCACCUGUGCAAUGGAUCUUUUAUAUUAUGUGAAGAAAGGGAGUUUGAUACAGUCCCGCUUGUGAAACUGGGAACACACUUCUCCAAGGUCCGUGACUUACAAAUUCGUUUUGAAAACAUACCAAAUCUUGUGGAACUUGACCAUUUAACUGUGUCUGGUGAUGUUACCUUUGGAAAGGAUGUUGUUCUAAAGGGAUCAGUGAUUAUCAUCGCAAAUCAUGGAUGUAAAAUCACCAUCCCAAGCGGUUCUGUGCUUGAAAACAAAGUGGUUUCUGGAAACCUCAGUCUCCUAGAUCACUGAGCCACCAAGGUUUCUUUCUUCUUUCCUUCCAUUCAAGGAAUGUUAGAAACUCUUUGAAGACUUUUUUUAUGGGGACAGACAGACUGGAAAAAUGUUUUUACUGGAUUUUGCAGUUGCCAUUUUCUACUGGCUAUUCUCUUUAAUGUACAUUACUGUUUUUGUACUACUGUAUAAGAUUUUCUUUUGUUUUUACAACAAUAGCAGUGAAUGGAACAAUUACUUUAUAGUUUAUAAAAAGAAAAAUAUUUGGAAACUUUUGGAUGCUUAUGCAGGAGGCUGCUGACAUUCGUUUGAAAUUCAUACCAACUAUUUAUUAUUUUUAUAAAGUAAUUUAGAGAGAGUUAAGUUGAAGACACUUAAAAAAAUGAUCAAGGAAGGAAUGAUAUACACACCUUAUUCCUAUAUUAGUCUUGUCCAGAGCCAUCCUAGGUGUAACUGCCAGUGUGAUUCCACCUGAUCUCCAAAUGUCUCCACUAGCUUAUCUGUUUGUUCUUCUCUAAUCCCAGCUAGGACUUCACCAUACUAAGUUAAAGUAUUAAUUUUUAUAUUUUAUAUCCCUCAAGCUUUGACUAAGAACAUGGAUUUACACUAUAACUAUGCUGCCGCUAGCCAUUGGCAUUCUGGACUGUAUUCCAUUUAAUGGCUCCCAUUCUGGCAACUGGAAGUGUACCAUAGAAUACUUGGAAUACCUUUCUAGGUGUUACACUUGUUUACACAAUUAGCAAGUACUGGUUCUUAUGCAACAUUGCAAAGAAUACUUAGAAAAGAAAGACAAGUUGAUAGUUGUUCCACUCCUUUUAAAAUGUAAGUGUAAAUGAAUAUUUUGUGUUUUUUUGUUCAUUUUUCUUAUUUUUCACUUGGUAACUUAAACUAUCAGUUGUUGAUUGCUAAUUAUGAUUUUAUACUAAAAAUAUUUAUUGGUGCAAUAAAUGAUGGUUAU